GGUUGCGUCUUGUCGUGACAUCAUAGUCUCGCGUGAUGAGAUUUGCGUUUGAUUUUUUUGUAACACUGGCGGAGGGACGGAUUUGAAGUUAACAGUUUUGCGUGAGGUUGCUCGAAGGGCAACGAUGGUAAAGGAAAGAUGCACAAAGCAGGCAUUUCAAGACAGCCUGGAAGACAUAAAAGAGCGCAUGAAAGAGAAACGAAUAAAGAAGCUGGCUAAGGUGGCGACCGGUAGCAAGACAUUAUGCACCAAAGUCCAAAUACUCAACAAUGGUUCAACAGCGAUCAAGAACUAUAAAGCUAAUAAUACGGCCCUUGCUCUGGCUUUAGAAGCAGAGAAAUUAAAAACCAGGCAAGCGCAAGAUCUUAUUCUCAGUUUAAAGAGAGAACACCAGAGGUUGAUGUUUGAAAUAUUUAUGUUACGGCGCAAGCUGCAGUCACAGCAAGGGCGGGAUACUGCCGAGUCUAAGCUGGCUUCUUUAAAAGAGAUAAUUGCCAAAGUCGCACACAAUUUGUUGGAAACAGCAAGCCUCCUUGAACCUGCACACUCGUUAUGUUCAAAUGAAAAUUACAACAAGACGAAUCCAUCAAAAGUAGAAGAAAAAAUUUCCAACUAUUCUGGGGAAUCUGAAAUUUUGAGAUUGCCAAAAGAUGCUCCUGAUUCAGACACAGGUUCCAAAAAUAAAUUCCCUGAGAAAAUGAAUUUCCAAGACAAAGUGGUUUUGGAAGCCAACAGAAACACAGCUUGUGUGAAACGGCAAUCCAAAGGAAGGAGGUCCCAUACAAGCCAACCUAGUUUUAUAUCCAGGCUGGAUGAAUCUAGCAAUGAGCACAAAACCGAAAGUGGAGGAACUUUGAAUAAAAAUGUAUCGUUAAGACGGCGUGCCUCUAGCUUAAACUUGUGCCUGGAAGAAUGUCUGCCACUGGAAGAUGAUAAUGUGAAUUCAGAGCACACUGCUGUUGGAACAGAGAGACCUUUUCCUACAGAGGAAUGCUCCAAUGAAAAUGGGGCAGUUGGAGGUAUAGACACUGUUGAUGAGCCUGCAAGUCCUCUAAAGGAGAAAUGUUUUCCACAAGCAAAUGGAUCUAAAGUUACAGGUUUAGCUCCCGAAGCAAAGCAAAUCUCAAACAAAAAUAAAGAGGAGUCUCGGGUUGGAAGGGAGAGGGUUAGAAAAGGCAAAGCAGAAAAAGUGACUGUUUCUCAGUUAAAAAAGCCAUGGGAAAAUUCAAAACCUAGGGCUAGAUCGAAGAGCAGAGAUAGAAGUGCUUCCAAGAAAAGUGUCACCAAAGAGAAAAUGAACUCUUCCCUGAAUUCUGGAGAUGCCUAUGACUUUGUCUGUGAAGAAAGUGUACAUGUCACCCCAUUCCGGCAAAAUAAGCUGGAAGAAAGCCUGAAUGAAAGCACAUCAGAAAAAAGUAGCAGUGAAGGGGAGCUGGAUGACAGUUUAUAUGAACCUUAUAAGGACAAGUCAAAAACCAAAAAUCUCAAGCCUGAUGUUGCACCUGUUCCCUUAAGGUCAAGAUCAAAACGAAAUACAGCCAGGAAGAAUCCAAUCAUGGAAAAUGAGCUUAAGUCUGAAGUACAGGAAGAAGCCAAUGAAAAGAAAAUUACAAGAAAUGUCUUGAAACGGAAAUCAGAAAAUUCAUUCGCAGAGUCUGCUGAGACACACAGAGAGAAUUCCUUUUUGCCAACACGUAUAAAUACAAACAAUGAAAUUGGAGAAGACCUAGAGGUCAAGGUUUUCUCAGAUGAACUUGACAACAGCAUAAUCUAUACAGCAGGUGAACUCGGCGGUUCCUCCACUCCACGUAUAAGUUUAUCCGAUGUUACAAAUUUACCUGGAAAUACAGAUGUUAAAAAACACGCCAAUAUGCAUUUUAAUGAGGAUGAAAUGAAGAGAUCUAGUACUCCAAGCCGCAAACGUCGAUGCAAAGUCGGCAUUAAUUAUGCAGAGCCAAAACUGAGCGGGAAACUCAGAAGAGGAGAUCCUUUUACUGAUUCAGAAUUUUUACAUUCUCCUAUUUUUAAGAAUGAACCAAAACGCAACUCCUUGAACAGACAGUCUCUUUCUAGAUACAAUGAGGUAUUUGUUGGCUGCUGUAGAUAAUAAAAAGUGGACCAAACUUAUUUGUUAUUGUCUGGAUGGAAAAAAAACACAUCUUUUUAUUUAAUUGUUACUAAAGGUUUUUUUAUAUAGAUUUAAAUAAGGUAUAGAACUUUGGAAAUCAAGGUGUAAACAGGCACAUGUAUAUUUAGGGGCAGAUCCAGAAGGCAUGUUCUGCUGUAAGAACCACUGGAUUGGUUAAAAUUCCCUUAAAAGCCUGAAGGUUUUUUAAAAGCUAUAAGUGAGAGGUAACAAGGUGCCCAAGGAACAGAUGCAAUCCAAAUAAGGGGAUGAUCACAGAUUGUUAUGUAUACAGAUAACUCUUACCCAUAGUAAAGGUGGGUCCGGGUGCUCAUGCCCCCAGAUCUUUCAGCACAGGGAGCCAUCAUGGGAAAAUCAAAAUUGAAGCAGGCAGGCACUCCGGAUUUUUUCAAAAGUAGAAAGAAGCAGCCAAAAAAUAAGUGAUUUACAUUAAAAAAAGUAUGAAUUUUAUUUGAUCCAUAUGUAAAAACAAAAAGCCUUACGCGUUUCGUACCAAAGGGUACUUAAUCAUAGGCUAUAGCCUAUGAUUAAGUACCCUUUGGUACGAAACGCGUAAGGCUUUUUGUUUUUACAUAUGGAUCAAAUAAAAUUCAUACUUUUUUAAUGUAAAUUAUUAUUGUGUUUUAUCCUUCCUUCAUUAAUUCUGUCCAUAAAGGGUACACACUGCCACUUCCCUAUAUCAUUUUUGUCCUCUUUUCAUUGUUAUUAUCUGUAAAUGUUCAUAUACCAAGCAUUUGUUGUGCAUUGUUUAUUAAUGUUUUUUUCUUGUAAAUUGAAAAUGUAUUUAGAUUUGGUUUUAAAUUCCUGUAAAUCUUGAUUGCAGAGUACAGUGUUUUUCUGUCAAUGCUCGUAAUAUAUAUAAAAAAAAAAAAUUCUUCCAUAGCUUGUUAGGGAUCUGUAUCUUUAACUUUGUGCUGUCCUCUGUAGUCGGCUUGUCAUCCUAAUGAUUUGUACCACAUAAGGGAUUAAGGGAAGGAUCACGCUAAAAAAGGACUUGUAAAUAUUUUUUUAAGUUUAAGAUGCAUAUUAUUAAAUAUCUGAACUUGUAAAUUAUUUGAAUAAAGUUUUUUUUUUUUUUU